UACCAAUUAUUAAAAAAUAGACAAAAGAGUUUACUUGGAGAUAAUUAUUACUUAAAACUAGACAAACUUUUAAAAGAUAAAAAAAUUAGAAAAUAAUAUAAAAGUUCUCUUAUUUAAACUGGUAUAAAUUUUUCAAAUCACAUAUUCUUAAGAUGAGAUAGCUAUUUUGAUAAUAAUGAAAUUAAAAAAACUUCAAGUGACAAUGUAAUUGAAGUCUUAAGAAGUUUUUCGAGAAAAAUUUAAUAUAGAUUAAAAAAAAUUUUUUGAAAAAAAAUCAAACGAUUUAAUUGAUAAAAAGAAAGAAGAGAAAAGUGAAAGUAAAUAUGAUAAAAAUAUUAGGCAUGAUAAAAAUAUAUUUCCUUCAAAAAUAAAAAAAAUAGUGUCAAUUUUAAAAUUCACAAACAUCUAAUAUGUAAAUACUAUUCAAAAUGUAAUUCUUAUACAAACUAUAAAAUAAUCUACAUGAAUGAAGUUACAGAAAAAAUGAGAAAAAUAAAAAAUUUAUUAAAUUAAAAAAAAUACAUAUUCUCAAAUGUUAAAUCGCAAAGAUAUUUAAAUAAUGUAUUAGGAAUAUUGAAAACAAAUAUAAUAAAAAUAAUCAUAAUAGUAAUGAAGACAACAAUAUUUUACAAAGAAAAAAAAUUGCUCUAUAUCUUGUAAAAAUUCAAAAAUUUUUGUGAUGAUAUUAUAGAUAUAAAUGGAAAUUACAUUAACAAGAGUAAUUAAGAAUGUGAUUUAAAAAUAUAUAACGAAAAAGAAUUUAAUAUAAAAGAAGAUAAAGAUACUUUUGAUAACAGUAUAAAAAACAACAACAACAAAAAAAAAAAAAAAAAUACUAGAGGUGAGGAAUUUAAUAACAAUAUUUGAAAAGUACAUAUUUUAAAUGAUAUAAAUACAAAUAUGGUUAUUAAAAAUAGUGAAAAAAAGGAAAGGAAAAUUUUAUAAAUAUGAAUAAAAAAAAAUAAAGACACAUGAAAAUUAUAAUAAGAAAUAAUAAUUAUAUAUAUAAAAGAAAAAAAAAAAAAAUUCAAAGAAUGAAAACUUUAAUUAUAUAAACUGUAACAAAAAUUAUUAUCUUAUUGAAAGAAAUAAUAAAAUACAAUGUAAAAAAAUUAAGAUGUAUUAGAUAAUGAAAUAUUGCAUGUAAUUGAUAAAGGCAAUUUAAAUAAUAACCUUAAGGACAAAAAUAGAUACGCUAAUGAACUAAAUUUUAAUAAUACAAUACACAAUGAUAAAAAAAAAAAAAAAAAAAUAAAACUGAUGAUGAAUUAAAUGUAAAUAUAUAAGGAUUUUGAAAGUGUUGCCAAAAGAAAAAAGACUUUUUCAUUGAAACAACAAGAGCAAAAUUAUAAAAAUAAUUUGUAUAAAAAGCUUGAAAAAGAAGAUUACAGUAAUUAUCUUAAUAAAAAUAUGAUUUUAAAUAGUUAUGAUAUGAAUAAUAAAUUUAGUUUCAUUAUAACAGAACAUUUUGAUAACAGGAAAAAUAUAAACAAAAAUAUAAAUAGUUUAGGAAAAGUUAGAUAUUCAAAAUCAUUGCAAAACAGUAAUGAAAAAUUCUUUCAAAAGAGAGAAAGAUAUAUUGAUAUUCUUAUAAAAAAGAAUACUAAAAAUUAUGAAAAAAAAUUUUCAUCAAAUGACUUCCUAAAAACAGAAAUAGAAUUUUAUAAAAGUAACUCAAUUUUAAAUUAUCCUUCAAAAUUUAAAAAUAGAAGCAAAAUAUCAUUUUUUAAGAUGUUAAGAUUUUAUGAAGAAAAAAAUUGAGUCAAGUUACAACAUUCUGUUACAUAUAGGAGAGAAAAAUUUUAAUACUUCAUUAAAUUAUCAAGGAAAAAUAAAGUACAAAAAUUAUAUAAUUAUAGGAUAUUUUUUUUUAUAUAGUGAUAUUAUUUAAAUGGAUAUUCUUCUAAAAUAAAACAAAAAGAAAAAAAAAAAAUUUCAAAUUAUAAUCAAUUAUACGAAGAUGAUGAUUUUAUUUUAAAGGAAGACAGUUUUUCCUUGAGUGAUAUUAAAAA